AUGAUCCCCCGGAAGAAGCUACCCUCGGGUCCCUCCGCGCAGGCGGACAGGCGGCAGAUCCUCGCCAUGCUCGACGAGAGGGUGGACGCCGUGACGUUGGCGGAGCUCAGGAAGAACCCCCCGCCGCUGCACUACGACUCGGACGAGAACGGGAAAACGAGCGGUAGCGACAGGGACGAUGUCCUGGCAUCCAUGGCCCGUCGACUGGGCGCGUUGGAACGUGAGACGAUCAGCCUGAGGAGCGCUUUGAAGCGCGCGGACGCGGAGCUCAGGGAGAGGAGCGACGAGUGCGAACGCCUGAGGGACGAGCUGAGGUCGAAGGGUGCCGCGAGAUUCGACCACCUCCGGCGCGGGUCCAACCGGCACCGCGGCGCGUCCACGUCCACCUCGCCGUCCUCUGGGGACUCUGACGGGGACGAGUGCGCCGUUCGACGGGGCGGGGACUCGAACGCGCGCGUGGAGAAGCUGGAGCGCGAGAACAGGGAGCUCUCCCUCCGUCUGCAGGGAGCCGUGGAUGACAACGCCGCGCUAAAGAAGUUCCUCGGGGACUACGGCAUGACCUGGGUGGGAGACAAGGGGUGCCGAGUCGGGGUGCCGAAGCCUUCCGCGGAAAGAAAAGUCAGGUCCACGCGGCUGGAGCGACGAGUGGCGGCGGCUCGCGCCAUGUCGAGCUCCCCGGAUCCUCCCGAGGAACAUCGCGUCCACGAGGUUGAGAGAUCCAUCAUCGCAGAGGUUGAGAGAUCCGUCGAAGCGCCCGCGCCCGCGGACCUGGAGCCGCGCCCCCGACCCGCGGCGAAGCCAAACAAACCCAAGCCAAACAGACCGCGGUUCGAGGUCAACAUCGAGAAGUUGAAAAAGUCCAUCAAGGAGCUCAACGGCGUGGCUGGCGACGGCAAGGGCGUCGUGGUGACCCAGCCCAACGGCGACCGCAAGGUUGUCAUGCCGACGCCCAAGCAGCUGUACCUGUACGCCGACGGGUUCAGGGUGGACGACGGCCCAUUUCGCGCCUUCGACGACGAUAAGAACAGGAGCUUCGUGCGAGACCUUCAGGAUGGGUACUUUCCGUACGAGAUGGUUCACACCCAUCCCGACGGUGUGCCGUUCAGGCUGGUUGACAAGCACGACGAGGAUUGGGAGAGCGGCUUUGUCGCCUUCACCGGCGCGGCGCGGCUGCUCGACAGUCAGAGGUUUCGACCCCCCGCGCCCAUCUCCUUCGCGAACGUUCAGACCGAGCAGCGCCCGGGGACGUGUUCGGAGGAUGACGGCGACGAGGACUCGGCGGAGGAAAGAGUCGGGGAGGUGACCACGCUGAGGGUGAAGGCGAUGAACGGCGGGAAAACGUACGUGGUCAGGCUCGGGUUCGACGACACGGUGGGCGACCUGAGGCGGAGGCUGGAGAAGGUCAGCGGCGAGGAUGACGACGACGCGAACGUGGGUGACGAGUUCGAGAUCAUGGGAGGGUACCCGCCCAGGGCGUUCACGGAGGAUGAGGUGACGCUGCGGGAGGCUGGUCUGGUACCCAACGCGGCGCUCCUGCUGAAGCCGGUGUCCAAACGAUGA